GUUCAAAUCAGUGUCAUUUCCUAAAAUUACAUGUAAUAGGUUAUGUUUCAACUUGAGUUUAUUUGAAUCAAUUAAUAAACGUAAUAUCCUUAAACAAUGGCUUCAAAAGCUUUAAAGCAUUUACGUAGAUUUACAAAAUCCACGCCUUUGGAAAGGGGUUUGGGACCAAUGCUUCCAGAAGGAUAUAAGAAAUUUUAUAAUGAAUGGAAGUAUUCAGAACCUGCAGCUGUAAACUAUGUUCCAGAAAACCAAAAAUGGAUCAGAAAUGAAGUUACAAAUGAAGUUUUACCUGUACAAGAUGUACCACUUCCUUUAAAAUACCCCAAGGAAUAUGAUGAACAGUUGUGGGGAGGUGAAGCUGUAGUUCAAGGUUUCCAGAAACGUGAUAUGUUUUUGAGAAGAAAUCCUCAUUUUUGGGUACCACCACUACAGAGAUCUGUAGUAUACAGUGAAGUAUUGAAUAAACAUAUUUCAGUUAUUGUAACAAGAAGAGCCAUACAAUUAAUUAAUGCUAAUUAUGGAUUUGAUCAUUAUCUAUUAAAGACUCCGGCUUGUGAUUUAAAAUCACUGUUGCCAUUGGGAUUAAAAAGAAAAGUUUUACAAGAACUUCAUAAAGGAUGUCCAUCUUAUGCUGAUACACCAGAUAAACAACAAGAAAUUUUUAGUCGCUACAAGACUUAUUUGAGUGCUUAUACUGAAGAAGAAAUUGAAUGGUAUGGCUAUUCUUUAAAAGAUGCUAUCAAGAAGUAUGAAGAUCAAAUCAAAGCUGCAACAAAAGUAACACCCUUAAAAACGAUUUACCGAGCGGAGCUAAUAGAAAAAUUAAAAACUGCAAAAAUUGAUGAAGCAAAUUCUGAAGGACUUGAAGUAGCUGGAUCUACAUGGAUGCAAAAGAUGAAUCCAUUUGGAAAGAAGCAGGAAACCUAAAUACCAAAGUUAGUUUUGUUGUUACAAAUAAAAAUAUACUAGUUUCAAAAUA